AUGUCUCAUCCUGCGUGGCUAACUGCGAAAUUUAUAGAAUGUGUGUUAAAAGACGCAAAUAAUGACAAUUCGAUUUCAGUGAUACAAAUUUCGGUGACAAAUGCAACUAACAAAGGCGACAAUUACUCCAGUGAGUUGUACCGAGUUAAUUUUGAUGUUACGCGAGAUGGAAUUGCUGGAAAAGGUUCGGUAAUUGUCAAGGCGAAUUACAGCACUGAGGGAGUGCACAAAGAUUUGAUCGAGGAUACCAAAGUAUUUGACAAUGAAAUCCAAAUGAUGACCAAGACUCUCAGAGAAAUGGAAUCGGUACUUCAAGACGGUACAAAAUUCGGUGGCCGAUGUUACUAUUCGCAGGUGAAGAAUCCUGCAAUGCUUAUCAUUGAAGAUUUGACUCCUCUGGGAUUUAAAUUAGCUGACCGACAAGCAGGUCUUGAUCUUCCACAUUGCAACGGCAUGAGAUCUCUGGCGAAAACUGCUGAUUCGUGGCCGGAAUUGAGCGAAGAUUGCAAAAAGAAGCUAAAAAAAAUUGCGGAUGCUGCUUAUUCCAAAGCGUGCGAAAUAGGGAAGCUAAGAGAAGAUGAAUUCAACGUAAUUAACCACGGAGACUUUUGGGUGAAUAAUAUGAUGUUCAAAUACGACAAAGGAAAUAUUACAGAUCAUAUUUUUGUUGAUUUUCAAAUGUGUCAUUAUGGAACUCCGGCUUUCGAUCUCUUGUAUUUCCUCAACACAAGUGUUUCCGAGGAAGUGCUGAUGGAUCACAAAGAUCAUUUGAUUGAAGAGUAUCACAAAACACUUUUUGAAACGAUGAGAAAAAUUGGAUGCAAAACUUGCGCCCCUACUUUGGAAUACAUCACGACAAUUUUAGCAGAAAAAGAGUUCAUUGGGUUCUUGUUUUCCUGUACAGCUUUUCCUAUCAUGAUUGUUGAUAAAAACGCAGACAAUGACAAUUCGAUUUCAGUGACACAAAUUUCGGUGACAAAUGCGAUUAACAAAGGCGACAAUUACUCCAGUGAGUUGUACCGAGUUAAUUAUGAUGUAACGCAAGAUGGAAUUGCUGGAAAAGGUUCGGUAAUUGUCAAGGCGAGUUACAGCACUGAGGGAGUGCACAAAGAUUUGAUCGAGGAGACCAAAAUAUUUGACAAUGAAAUCCAAAUGAUGACCAAGACUCUCAGAGAAAUGGAAUCAGUACUUCAAGACGGUACAAAAUUCGGUGGCCGAUGUUACUAUUCGCAGGUGAAGAAUCCUGCAAUGCUUAUCAUUGAAGAUUUGACUCCUCUGGGAUUUAAAUUAGCUGACCGACAAGCAGGUCUUGAUCUUCCACAUUGCAAAUUAGCGUUGCAGAGAUUGGCCAAAUUUCACGCUAGUUCUGUUCUAGUUUGCGAAAAGGAUCCGCAAGUCAGAAAAGAUCAUCGCAGAGGAAUGUUUUCUGCAGAAUAUCGUCCAGCAGUUGAGACAUUUUACAUAAGUGGUAUGAGAUCCCAGGCGAAAACUGCCGAUUCGUGGUCGGAAUUGAGCGAAGAUUGCAGAAAGAAGCUGAAAAAAAUCGCGGAUUCUACUUAUUCCAAAGCGUGCGAAAUAGGGAAGCUUAGAGAAGAUGAAUUCAACGUAAUCAACCACGGAGACUUUUGGGUGAACAAUAUGAUGUUCAAAUAUGACAAAGGAAAUAUUACAGAUCAUAUUUUUGUUGAUUUUCAAAUGUGUCAUUAUGGAACUCCGGCUUUCGAUCUCUUGUAUUUCCUUAACUCAAGCAUUCCCGAGGAACUGCUGAUGCAUCACAAAGAUUAUUUGAUUGGAGAAUAUCACAAAACACUUUUUGAAACGAUGAGAAAAAUUGAAUGCAAAACUAGCGCCCCUACUUUGGAAUACAUCACGAAAAUCUUGGCAGAAAAAGAGUUCGUUGGGUUUUUGUUCACCUGCACAUCUUUACCGACCAUGAUUAUUGAUAAAAGUAAUGCUCAAGAUCUAGAAGAAAUGUUGGAAAGCGAUCAAGCUGAUUUCAAUGCCAAGGCCGAACUCGAGUGGUUGACGGAGGAGUUUAUACAAAAUGCCCUUCGAAAUGCGAAAAAGGAUAAUUCGAUUUUGGUAACUAAUAUGGUGGUUAAAAAUGCGACUGACAAGGGUGAUAACUACACCAGUGAAAUGUAUCGGGUUUAUUUUGAUCUCACGUGCAAAGAUGGAAAGAAGAAAUGUUCGGUUAUUGUUAAAACCACUCACAGAAAUCAAGGAAAGCACACUGAGUUAAUCGAAAGUGCAGAUUUGUUCGGAAUCGAAAUGACGAUGAUGACAUCAACACUCAGAGAGAUGGAAUCUGUGCUAAAAGAUACUAAACUCGGUGGAUUGUGUUAUUUUACCCGAUCCAAGGAUCCUAAGGUGCUUAUGAUUGAAGAUUUGGCUCCUUUGGGAUUCAAAAUGGCUAAUCGACAUACCGGACUCGAUUUCAAUCAUUGCACCCUCGCAUUGCAGGGUUUGGCCAAAUUCCACGCCAGUUCUGUAUUAAUUAUUGAAAAGAAUCCCGAACUCAAGGAAAUUUACAGCAAGGGUAUGUUUGAAAUGGAAUUCCCGGAAGACAUGUCAAACUUCUUCGUCAGUGGGAUGAAAUAUUUGGUAAAAGCAGCCGCAUCAUGGCCGGAAUUGAGAAAAGACUGCAGGAAAAAAAUAGAAAAAAUAGUUGACGUCGCUUAUGAUAAAGCCGCCAAUGCUAGGAAGUUGGAUGAAAAGGAGUUCAAUGUUAUAAACCAUGGGGAUUUUUGGGUUAAUAACAUGAUGUUCAAGUACAAUGACAAGGGUGAUGCUGUAGACCACAUCUUUAUAAAGUACCCAGUAGUUGAACAGCUGAUAUGCUCGUUAUAG